AGAGAGAGAGAGAGAGAACAGUUACUGUGUGGCAGCUGUUGUACCUUCUGUCGAGCAACUUACUGUUGUGUUUGGAAGCUAAAAUAUAUGAUCAUUUUAACUUUAACUCUUCAGGAUGAGGAUGACCUUCCGUCUCCUUCUUCUGCUGUCUCUCUGGACAGAGACCGCACACAGUGACCUGAGGAGCCUGGACAGGAACCUCACGGAGGAGCAUGAGCGCGUGCUGAUUCGCACUAAGAGGAGGUGGGUUCUCUCUACAAUCGAGCUGCAGGAGGAGGAUCCUGGACCUUUCCCCAAAGUGUCCACACAGUUGUUCAACGAUAAGAGCAACAUGCACAAACUCCGGUUCAGUAUCAGCGGUCAGGGUGUGACUGAAGACCCAAAGGGUGUGUUCACCAUUGAUCCCUUCUCUGGUGUGGUCAGCAUACACAAACCUAUAGACCGAGAAAUGUACCCUGUUUUCAUGGUGAAGUUUGAUGUGACGGAUCGAGAAACCAAUGAAAUUCUUGACAAAUCUUUGUCGUUCAGCGUAGCCGUAAAGGACAUAAAUGACAAUGCGCCUCAGUUCUUACCUGAGGUUCUACAUACAACAAUUCCAGAAAACAUCCAAGAAGGAGUGCUCCCAGUUUCACUGCAGGCUAAAGACAAAGACGAGAAAGGCAAUGAGAAUUCUCGCAUCACCAUGAGGGUGGUGUCUCAGGAGCCGGCAUCACCAGUUAUCACCCUCAAGCCUCUUAGUGCACGCGCUUCAGACGACAACAUCAUCGCACAGCUCGCCUUCACUGGGUGCUUUGAUUACGAAAAAGCAAAGACUUAUAAACUGCUUGUUGAAGCCCAAGAUCAUGGAAACCCAGCGCUCUCCUCUACUGCCACUGUUAAUAUAGCCAUCAUUGACUCCAACACACAUCUACCUGUGUUCACUGCCACAAAGUACAAUACUCAGGUUAUGGAGAUGGAAACCAACAAAGAGAUUUUAAGGCUGUCCGUAGAAGACAAGGAUACCCCCAACACUACAGCAUCUAAAGCCGUGUACAAGAUCCUGAAGGGCAAUGAGGAGGGCAACUACAAGAUUGAGACAGACCUGAAAACAAACGAAGGAGUGUUAACAGUCAUCAAGGGGAAGGAUUAUGAGAGGACAACUCUCACUCAGCUGGAAAUAUCAGUGGAGAAUGAGGAGCCUUUGUUUUUAUGCAUCGACGGAAAGCCAGCAUCUCCUGCCAUGCGCGCUGCGAGAAAACCCAACACUACUACAGUUGAAGUCAAAGUCAUUGAUGUGAAUGACCCGCCAGUGUUUCAGCAGAAGAUUCAGACAGUGUACAAGAAAGAGGAAGGGAACCCGGGAGAGGUGCUGUACGAACCCAUCGUCAAAGACGUGGAUUCAGACGUUGAUAAAAUCAGGUAUGAAUUAGCAGACGAUCCAGCCAAGUGGGUGAAGGUGGACCCCAAAACAGGCAAGGUCACCACAGUGAUGAAGAUGGACUGCGAGUCUCCAUACGUAGUCAACAGCACCUACACGGUUCUGAUCCGAGCAAUAGACAAUGGGGAGCCUCCUGCCACAGGCACAGGAACUUUGGUGAUCCAACUAGGAGAUCUAAAUGAUAAUGCACCCUACUUGACCUCCAACAUCUCGGUCAUGUGUGGGAAUAAGACUGACCGGGUGAUGGUGAAGCCUGAUGAUGGACCCUUUUCCUUUUCUAUCGCAAGUGAAGAUAAGGAGCUGUUGAGCAUGUGGAAGUUAAACCCAAGCACAGGGUCUGAAUCUUCAUUGAUAAGUCUUAAGAGAUUGCCAUACGGGAACUACUUGGUUCCACUGCGGAUCGAGGACCAGCAGGGGAAAGUAGGACUAGACACUCUGAAUGUCGUGGUGUGUGACUGUGGGGAUAAAGAUGUGUGUCUGCCUCAUUUUUCCAACCUGCAUGGAGCAUCUUUAGGAAUCCUACUGGGAUCGAUGGUGUUAUUGGCUUUGCUGCUCUGCUGUUGUUUCUAUUGGGAACACAAAGCGAAGCAAUUUACACAAUACCUCCAAGACGAAGGAACCCAAACCCUCAUCAUCUAUAAUGAGGUCGGAGGGGGCUCACUCGCCAAGAGCCUAGAUGAAUGUACAGACACUGUGACGUCAUACAUCAGUUUCUGUGAGGACAGCUGCAUUUCCACUAUGACCGGUGGAAUACAGUAACACUGGUUUUCCGCUGAACUCAGACAGCUUCAGAGGGAAAAAGUGGCAGCAGUCAGGAGUGGGGACAGAAUUCUCUAUAAGGAGGCCAAACACAAGCUGGAGAAAAGGAUUAAAGCAGACAGAAUGUGAGAAAAGACCCAGGA